AUGUGCUUCUUCUUCUCCGUCUCGUUCGUCUUUGGCGUUUUCUUCGUGUCGGUCAUUUCCAGCAAGCUCCUUCACCUAUGGACGCACUUUUCCACGGUCCCUACCUCGGCAUUUUUACUCUAUCUGCCGACAUUCUUCCUCUUCGACCUGAUAGCGAUAUGCAUUGCGAGACUUCUUUUGUGCCAGGGGAGAAGUCCUCUGGCUUGGGGCGGCUGCAUCCUCGGUAGCCUUGCGACACUUCUAGCCAUCGGCGGUUCCUCGUCGCAACUUGGAUUCUACGCAAAGACUGGAGGAGAGCUUGAGUGGCGUGACGCGACGGCGUAUGCCACCAGCAAGGAGGGACUCAAGGUUUUGAUGACGGGCAGCUGGGCUGUUUUGGCUUCGGGCUUUGUGCUCAUCAUCAUCGCCUGCUUUGCCCAUGGCAUCUUUUACAGAGCGAUUGGAUCCUUGAUGGGCUCAAUCGGCGACGACAUUGCCUCUGUCUAUGGUUACUUCAAGCGACUGCGAUUCUUGCGCCGAGGUCGAUAUUCCGCUCUCAAAAACGCCGACACCGACCUCGAAUCGACCGAGACAUUCUCCCUCGACGGGCGUUCAAGCCACGAUCACCUCGACGGUCGUCAUGGCGACCCCCACGCCCCAGAGAAGCCUUUGACGCCACGAGGCAAGUUCAUGAGGCUCAUGUCCUUCAUUCCAUCCUGGGUCUACAAGAUCAUCGUGUCCGUCUUUAUCGCCGUCGCCCUCAUUCUGCGACCCGCCAAGCCCUACGAUUACAUGUCCAUCACCCUGCCCGUGUCGCUGCUCGACGUUUUCAAGUCGGAACCCGAUUUCUGCACCGAGCAGCGCAAGCUCGUCGACAACCCUUUCCCCUUCCCCGAGCUCAUUACAAACUCUACCUGGAGAGAUGCCGACGGCGAAUUCGACAAGGGUUGGUCUCCCAGCUGGGACCCCCGCUGGCGCAGCGAUGAUUCUCUGCGCUACGAGAACCGAACUGUUGAUUGGCUUCCCGAGAAUCUGCCCCGUGGUUUCUUUAGGUGGGAUCCCUUGAGGACCAAGAACGGUUACUAUGGAUCUCUGGGUGACAAGAAGGAUGCGCUGUCCAACAAGUGCCCUCACAUUAAGGAGCACAGCCCUUAUUACAACCCCGUCAACGAUCCGUUGAAGAUUACCAACCUCGAUACCGAAAUUCUUCCCACUCUGCAGGAGGCUCUCGGCGAUGGAUCCGUCAAGAUCAAGCACGUCAUGUUUAUUCUCAUGGAGAGUUUGCGACAGGAAUUCUGGCCCCUCCAGCAGGGCUCCCACAUCCACAACCUGAUCCUGGACGCCAGCGACGAGAAGGACCGAGAGGCUGUCAACGAGCGCUUGUCGCAGCUGUCGCCACACAUCGAGAAGCUCACGGGACGAUCCAUGGGCUUCACCGACGCCAAUGGCAAGGCCUACAAGACCCCCGAGUUCAAGUGGCACGACACAGCAAAGGAAGGAUAUGGUGGCGUCAACGUCAUCGGCGGCUACACCGCAGCCACAAUGUCCACCAAGAGUUACUGCGCCAACCACUGCGGUUCUUAUCCUAUGCCCGUCGAGAAGUUUGACGAAGCCGAUACCGACGCCUACCAGCCUUGUAUCCCCCAGAUCCUCGAGCUCCUUAACCGCGCCAAGGAGAAUGUAUCCUCGGACGAUGACGAUUUCAGAGAUCUGCAGUGGAGGACCGCUCUUUUUGAGGCCGAGGUGGAGGAGUACGACCGACAGGAAAAGUUUGAUGCUAAGCUGGGUUUCCAACACAUCAUCACCAGGCGACAGCUUGAGGAGGAUUGGCGCUUCAACAAGUCGGACAUUCUUUACCAGAAGGUCAACUACUUUGCCUAUCCCGAGCCCGUCCUUAUGCCGUACCUCCGCGAGUUCAUCGCCAACACCACCGCCAACAACCAGCGCAUGUGGAUGUCUCACUUUACGAGCACCACCCACCAUGCCUGGGAUACACCCAAGGAUUUCCCUCACCAGGACUACUUGCCCCAUGGAAACAUGGAUAACAAGUGGCAUGGAAACUUUAACAAGUACAUCAACACUAUUCGGUAUCACGACGGUUGGAUGGCUCAGCUUAUGAACCUCCUCGAGGAGACGGGUAUUGCCAACGAGACCCUUGUCGUCUUUGCUGGUGAUCACGGCCAUGGUUUCCACGAGGACUUUAACAAGGAGGGCACUUACGAGAGUGCCCACGUCAGCAAUUUCCGCGUCCCAAUCACUUUCCGCCAUCCCAACCUCCCUCGGGUACAGUACGAGGCCAACACCACCACUAUCUCCAUCUUGCCCACCAUUCUCGACCUCCUCAUCAACAGCGGCUCCCUCAAUAAGAAGGAUACCACUAUCGCCUCUGAUCUCGUUCAGGACUACGAGGGCCAGUCUCUCAUUCGGCCUUAUAUCAAGAAGCAGAAUGACCGACGCGCAUGGACCUUUUCUGUCGUCAACUCGGGCGCCGGCAUGAUCGGUAUCACAUCAGCCGAUGUACCAUGGCGGUUGACCAUUCCCUGGACAAAGGUGUUUGAGUACCGCAUCACCAACGCCAUCACAGAUCCUCUAGAGCUCAGCCCCGUGUCAGCGUGGUCGAGCGAGCAACUCAUCGAGGACGCUAAAGUAGCCUUUGGCGAAGAGGCCGGCGCGUGGGUGGCCGAAGCGGUACCCAUAGCCCAAUGGUGGGCAUACGAGCGACAACGACUCUGGCGACAUCACUCCCUAGCCUAA